UAAGAAAAUUUCGUCUCCAAUAGUUUGGAAAACAAGAUUGGCAUUUUUAGCAACUUGGCAUUCCUCCCGUCCGCACGCGCAUCUUUACGCGCACGCAUCCGACUGGGCAUCGCGGUCUCGAGCGCCGGCGCUGGACUUCCUGCGCCCUCGAGGAAAUUUCCUCGCCUCUUUCCCGCGCCAAGGCUGCGUCCCUCGUCCUGCCGCCUCCUUCUUGGUCGCGAUUUUUUCCCGUGGCCGCCCCCUCCUUCAGUUCCCUCGCCAAGGCCGCCUCCUCCGGUCCUCCCCACCAGAUCCCGACGCCUGCAGGCCUCAGGUAGACUCAUUAUGAUGGAAGGAGAUGGAUUCUUGUCGGACAUUCUGCUCGAUGCAGAUGAUGGUGAUGUUGCUGGUUUGGAAGAACUCAACACUCCGAACACACAAGACACUCAGAGUGCUCCUGUAGUUGAACCAAGUCGCAGUACAAAGGGAUCGAAGAGGACAAAAAAUUUUCAUUGGGAGGAAGACGAAGUUAUAUGCUCAGGCUGGUUGUACAUUAGCAAAGAUCCCAUUAACGGGGCCAAUCAAACUCGUUCCACAUUUUGGAGUAGAGUACAUGCUUUCUUUGAGAAGGAGAAGAAAACCACAGCUGUGAGGUCAGAGAGUUCCAUUAUGCAUAGGUGGCUAACAAUUCAGUCACAAGUUAACAAGUUCUGUUCAUACUAUGCCGCGAUUGAGCGUAGGAAUAAAAGUGGAACAACAAUCCAAGACAAGAUUGCAGAAGCCUCCAAGAUGUACAUGGAACUAGACAAGGACAAAAAGUCUUUUACUCUUAUACCUUGUUGGAACAUAUUGAAAGAGGAAGACAAGUGGAAAGCCAAGAUGAAAGAACUUGCCGAGCUGGAGAAGCAAGCAGACAAGAAAAAAAACAAGUCCACCAAGGUGUCCAGGCCAAGGGAUGAAGCCACCAAUAAUGAAGCUAUCACAGAUGCUGCUGCUCAGUCAACCGAAGAAAGGAAAAGGCCACAGGGGAUAAAAAAGCAAAAGAAGGUCUCAAGCGAGGAGGUGGCGAAGCUUGCAUGGAGGCAUUGGACAAGAUGUGGGCGAAGAAGGAGGCCUUCGACAAGGAAAAAAGAAAAGGCGAAAGAGGAGAGGUUUAUGGCUUCGCGUGAGGUAGACAAUGCUGCACUAGAGCUAGAGAAGAAGCAAGUGUCAAAUGAAGAAAAAAAAAAGCUGAAGCGGAAUUGCUCAAGGAGGAAAAAGAGAUAAUGUUAGUGGACAAGAGGUCUCUCGACCCGCUGCAGCUGCAGUACAUUGAGAUGAUGCAGCUUCAGAUCAUUGCUCGACGCAAGGAAAAUUAGUUUUAGUGUCAGCUAGAGAACUUUUUUAUUGUCAGCUACAUAACCUAUCUUCGCAUUGUCGUUGAGAGAACUUUUUCAUUGUCAGCUAGAGAAUUAUUUAAAGUGUCAUGUUCAUUAUUUUCCUUUGGUUAAUUGGGUAAUAUAAUUAUUUGCUAUAAGAGUGGGGGAAUUUUCUUUUU